AUGCCAGGCGAGUGGCUUUAUUUCAAAUUCGUCCUCAAGAGGGGUUUCACGGUCUCUGGCCUCCUUCCAUCUGUGUCAGCCAGCAGCCUUGAAAUGGACGACAUCGCGGAGGAUGUCACUGCUGAGCAGGAGACUCUUGUUGAGUCAAAGUCAAUGGAUGGCAUGAUUGACUUCGCAAAGCUCCAAUCCACGCUCAUGGAUGCGUCCAAGGGGCGUGACUGA